AUGUUACACUCUCUAAAAGACAAGACCUUGCAGAUGACUUAUUUGGUAAUUGAUGCUCUAGAUCAGUGUACAUAUAAGCUUCAUUCCCUUCUAGAUUUGAUUGUCCAGGAGUCAUCGGUCCACAGACAGAUAAAUUGGAUUGUCUCUAGCCGAAAUUGGCCUGAAAUUACCGAGCGUCUUGAUAUUGCAACCCAAGUAGCUCCCAUCCCAUUAGAGCUAAAUGAUGUAUCCGUGUCCGAAGCUGUGAAUAUAUUCAAUCAACACAAGGUUGAUGCUUUAGCAAAGGAUUUGCCAUCAUUUGUUGCUAAACUCUCAAGAUACUUUUCUAUGGGUAGCUUUGUGGUCUGCCAAAACCUUGAUGGAACACCAUCAAGGCACGCUAUCAAUAUGCUAGAAGCAUUCCCUCCCGGACUGAAUGCUCUGUAUAGCCGAAUGAUUGAUCAGGUUCGCCGGUCAUUAGAUGCCGAGCUUUGCAAGCAGAUACUAGCUAUUAUGUCAACAGUUUUUCGACCUAUUACGGUUAGCGAACUAAGUUCACUCAUUGAAGUGCCAGAUGACGACUGUUAUGAGCAGGAAUUCCUCUCCGAGAUUAUCGCAGUUUGUGGCUCAUUUCUGACGUUACGCGAAGAUACUAUAACAUUUGAAGCUGUAAAUGUAUUUCCUAAAGGUAUCGGAGAUGAGCACUAUAUGAUUUUCUCACGUUCCCUCGAAGUUAUGUUCAAGGCACUUCAACAUUAUAUCUUCAAAAUCAAAUUACCUGGACUACCUGCGAAGGAUAUCUGCAAACCUAGCCCAAAUCCACUAGCAGCAGCAGAAUACGCGUGUUUCUACUGGGUAGACCAUCUGCAAGGGAGCAAGCGUUAUAGAGCUCCCGAGCUAAGCAUUUAUGACAAGGGUCGCGUGGAUACGUUUCUACAGCAGAAGUUUCUUCACUGGCUUGAAGCCCUUAGUAUCUUGGGAAGCGUGGCGCAAUUUAGCAGGACAAGGAAGAAUCGGAGGAACUAUUCAAUCAAGCUCGAGAUACCUCUAAGUUUAUACCAGUACGGUCAACUCGACCUCGCCUUCAACCACCACAGUAUUUUAGAAGGCUCAGACUUUGAGGGUUAG